ACAACGGUCGCAAACUUUUCGCAUACGAAACGCACACAUUGUGCUUUGCUUAAUCGACUAUGUGGUAGGUGUUUCGCACAAACGGGCUCAAUUCCGUGGGUGUGUGUGUGCGUGUAUAAGUGUGGGUGGUGGCAGAUUCACGGAAUUUUCUUGAUGCUCUAACUUUUUAUGGCACCAAAGAAGAGCUGUUCGAAAAUUUCUUAAGUGUCUGCUGAAGGCAGUAAAGGGUUGCUGAGAUUUCGGGUCUAUAGAAUUACAUCGAUCCAUAUAUUAACUGGCAAGUGCACGUGCGCGUAGCUAUACUUGUAAUAUAUAAAAAAUUUGCUAAUGUAACGGUUAUGUUUUUGAAAAUCUAUAAACGUAAAAAUGAUAAAAAUUUCAAAUGUUGUGCAAAGUGAAAAUCGGAUGUUGUGCCAGCAUAAAUAUACAGAAGAAAUAAAGUCCGCCAGAGUACCGUUCAACAUAUAAACAGAGGAAAAACCUUUUCAAAUAUGCACAAAGAAACCCAUUUGUAAUCAAAACUUUGAAAAACUCACUUGAUUUCACGAAAGUCAAUGGAAUUAAACGGCAACGUCACUGAACUGACAUGAAUAGGAGUGAAUAGAGUAUAAACGAGUACAAUGGUCAAUUUCACUACGAAAAAAGCGACUUCUAGUUGGGAGAGUCUCUCUUUUGUUCAUCAAUGUAGGCAAACAAAAGACCAUACAAGAAAAUUGAAGCAACCAAACAUUGUGCGAAUAGCGCUAAAUGAAAGACUCUACAGACAAAACGAACAAUGAUGGAACUGUGAUACCUGAGGGAGGUACGUAAUGGCAGAUAGAGAUACGGAGGAAAGUGGCAAGCAUAGUUUUCGUAUGCAACACAAGAAUGUAAACGUCUUACAUAUACAAAUCAGGGCGAAAAAGAAGAACACAAAGCUAGGGUUGGUGUAGUGGCUUUAUGUUCAAAAGGUGAAAUUACACAGAUAAGAUAAUAUAGACGCAGCACUGAUUACACUAAAAUAUAAGAGAAUAAAUCGAAAAAACAACACAACAAAUUGAGUGCUCAGAUUGAUUAUUGUUUAGCUUCCACGGGGAUCAGUUGGAAAAUCUCAUAUUCAGAGUAGAGAAAAUAUGUUUAUGUUAGCACCGUAAACAUUUAAACCACAGGCGCUGAUCAACAAAUUUAUUAGUAUAUGUAACUGAGAAACCGAGCCUCAACUAUGAACUUCCCAACAACGCUCCAAAGACAAAGUUUGACUAAGGAAUAUCCAGAGCCACAGGCUUCCAAUAUGAGGUAUUCGGCCGAAGCAGCUUCACCGCAGCCACAAGCAUAUGCCUCUGGCUAUGGGAAUUUUGGCGAUGCCGCACAAUUCAAUGCCUCACGACAAGCAAUUCACCAACAACAUUACUCAGCUGAGCAGUUACAGUAUCAACAACAACAACAACAACAACAUCGUCAUUAUAAUAACACUUUCAACAGUAGGCUAAUUGGUGAUGGCCCCAAUCAUAAUGUGUCCAGUGGACCAAUUUCGACUAUUUACAGUAAUCGUGCACGAUAUUUUCCCUAUCCGCAUAGUCUGCCGCAGCAUUCAUUGCGUGGCAUGUAUACACCUGCUGGCCAACAAUUGAUACCAUCCAGUGUUUUGCAUUAUCCGCCCCGCAGUGAGGCCUUUCAACCAAACACCAUGACAUUGCAACAGCAGCGUUCUGUAUUGACACAACCAUUUGCGUCGGCGCCACACACCCAACCGCAACUGCAACCACAUUUACGGCAACAGCAGCAACCGUCACCGCAAGCACAACUGCCGCAUCAACAAACCGCAUUUGGGGGCAAUGAAUCGCAAUUGCGACAUUACGCUGACGCCCUCGCUACAACACAGCCAACAUACAGGCAAGUAACGGGCGAAACGCCGCAUUUGUUGAUGCAAUUAAAUAGUAGCAGGUCUCCACCUGCAACUCCAAUCCAAUCUCCACCGUCUCCAGCUGCCACGCAGAUCGCACGAAGCGUGUCUCGGCCACCGUCAGCUGAUUGCAAUACUUAUUCACAGUUAAAACACCAGUACCGGCAGUCUCUCAGUUCGCCUACUCGCGCGCCAACAUUAUCCAACGAAGAAUUGCAUGCCGCAAAUAUGUCAAAAUCUCAACAGAGCGCACCACAAGCUCAGCGAUUGCCUGGAUUGCAAAUACAAUCUUCGUCCUGCACUUCUUCCGAGUUGCCAACGGUGAGUGAAGACGCACAAGAUAGCCCACGAGAUUGUCAUGAGGAGAAACAUCUUCAAGCUGGUACGUCUCUUUCACUCAGCAAUAGUAACGGUGCAUUCACACCGCGACAAACGGCGAGUAGCGAAUGCCUGACCACUUCACCGCCAUUAAUAAGCGCCACCGGCACGGAUAGUGGUAUCAGCAUCAGCAGCUGUAGUACUCGCGCCCGCAGUGAUAGCACACAAAGUACACCAGUUUACAACGGUGAAUAUCCAAUGUCGGUGGGCUCAUCCUCGGGAGUGUCAUACCAAUGCGCGGAUAUAAGGGAUUUCGAAGAUUUCGGUAGAGAAAAAGAAGAGAUUACAGCUUGUGCGCCUCUCAACGAAAAUGAAUUUUUAAAAUCCAAUCAGGAAAUCGUUGAAAGUGAUAUUAAUGUGGGGCUUGCAGUGCCUGGUAGGAUAAGUGAGAAAAACUCAGUCAAUACGAAAGAACCAGAUAUAGACCGAAAGUUCUUUAAUGAGGAAACGAAACAAUGUGACGACAAAGCAGAGGAAACAGGCAAAUCGACCAAACUUUCGGUAUCGGCUAAAUCGUUACACAUUGAUUCAACAGAAACUCAAAAUAAUGGAGAGGAACCUGCAAAUGCCACUCGCACAAAAGAAUCCCUUCAUGAGCUAGCUUUAAAUACACAAGAGGGAAUUUGCAGAAAUAUAGAAAUUAAAAGUGAAUCUAAAGAAGGUAAGGAGCAGCCUCCCCACCAGCAGCAAACUCAUAAGCACCAUCUGGAAAGUGUUCACGCUGUAGGAGAAAUUGUUGAAGGCACCGCUGGCAGUAAUAAUAACAAACGCGCCCCGCCACCGACCACACCACAAAGUCAACCACAUUUGGAGCCUACUGCGUUGCAAGAACAAGAACUACCGUCUCCGCCCGUGCCACCAGCUCCACCGCAAAAUUCACCAAUCGAUUAUUGUCGUACAACCAGCAUCGCAAACAUGAAUCCAUAUGCCCAUGUGCCACCACCACUGACGCAAUUAAAAGCUCCGACGUCAGCGGCUGCUGCAGCGGCAGCGGCUGCAGUUGCGGCGGCGGCGGCAGCAGCUGCUGCGUCAAUACGCACGAACAAAAAUCGCAUUAUGGAAUGUGACCUCAUACCAAGCAGAAAAUCGAAACGGAAAUUGAACCCCAUUUCAGGCAAGUGGCAAAAGGAUAAUGUGGGAGGCGAUGCGAGCGACACUACGAAGGAGAAGAGGGAUAUGACUCCGCUGCCUGGCUUCCAACAAGCCUUUGGCUCCACUGAAAUCGGUCGUUUUUUCGAGACAUUUCUAUUGAGUCCGCCGGACUGUCACAGCUUCACUGACAACUACGAGCCUCUAGAUGUCGAGGAACCAUGGCAACAAGCUCACCAACAUCAACAACAGCAGCAAUACCAGUUACAAAUUAAACAGGAUCAGGAACAACACGAACUUAAUCAGUUACAACAAUACAAGGAGCAACAGCAGCAACAACAACAACAACAACAAUAUGCACAACAAGACUAUAUUAAUCGGAGAUAUGCAGAAAAUAGCAAUUACCAAUCGCUUCAUCAACGACUGUAUCCACACUACCCACAUCCGCCAAUACAUCCCGCACACCCGUACCAACGAGCCCAGUCGUACCAAUACCCCAUUAGUGCUAACAGUAACCACCGCGAUAUGUGGAUGUACGGCCGCAACGCCCUCAAUCCUUAUGUGAUGCCUUUCGAAUAUAGUGCUGCCAGAUCGGCCAGCAGCUCGCCCUCGUCGCCUUAUCAAAUGCCUUUGAAUUUGCGAUCAGGUUACGGCUCCGCAUACGAUGGAAGAGGUUACACCUAUGGGCGUAUGAAUGGUACUUACAGUGGCAUACGUUGUAACGGCUAUUGAAAUAAGUUUGUUCAAUAGGUUUUAUGUGAGGAAAAUAACCGUUAAACAUGAUUACAAAGAAAUUUUCAAAAACAUUAAUAAUUUAAACAGACAUAGAGUCAAGUGAUGAGUUAGUUCUUCAUGCAUAUGUAUAUAGGAUCAUUAGUAAUGAUCAGGUGAAAAGUUAAUACAAAUAUGUGCCUUUUCGGACAAAAUUCUGGAACGUCGUCUUCAGUUCAAAACAACAGUAUGCAAACAAUUUGAUCAAAAUUAGUAUAAAAAAAAAUUUAAGUGGAGUGUAUAUAUGUGGAGAUAUAACACGAGAACGCAAUGAAUGAAAUUGUUUUUAAUCUCUAAAAGAUACAAAAAUAUCAAAAUAAAGCAAAAUUAAAAAAGUACAACUGA